UGCUGACGUGGAACUCUUCAUCGCCACAGGAUCCGGCAUUUCUUAUCUCUUCCGAAAUUUCCCUCCAAUUACAGACAAACCUGAAACUCUGACAGCAUCACAAUCUCAAUUCUCAACCACAAAAUCCCAAAGCUCCAACUUUUUUUUGGUUUCCCGAAAAACACAAGAACGAACGAUCUCGAUCUUCUCUUUCCCGGAAGAAAAUAGAAGAAGAAUGUGCAGUAAGAUGGCGUUUACUCUAACAAUCCCUCGAUUUUACUCUGCAAUUUCUCGCAAACCCGCCACUUGUUCAUCUCCUUCUCCUUCGAGGCCACAGUGUGCUAAUUUUAGCCAUGGACGAUCGAUUUCUCUCAGACGAAGAAUUCUCUUAUUGCCCGUCAAAGCUACUACUGAUCAAUCAGGUCAGGUGGGUGGAGAAGAAGUGGAUAGCAAGAUUUUACCUUACUGUAGCAUCAACAAGAAUGAGAAGAGAUCACUCGGCGAAAUGGAACAAGAGUUUCUCCAAGCGAUGCAAUCAUUCUAUUACGAAGGCAAAGCGAUUAUGUCUAAUGAAGAGUUUGAUAAUCUUAAAGAAGAGUUGAUGUGGGAAGGAAGCAGUGUUGUCAUGCUAAGUUCUGAUGAACAAAGAUUCCUUGAAGCUUCAAUGGCUUAUGUCUCUGGAAACCCAAUCGUGAGUGAUGAAGAAUAUGACAAGCUGAAAAUGAAACUAAAGAUGGACGGAAGCGAAAUUGUGUGUGAGGGUCCAAGAUGCAGUCUUCGUAGUAAAAAGGUUUACAGUGAUCUCGCCGUAGAUUAUUUCAAAAUGUUCUUGUUGAAUGUACCAGCAACUGUUGUUGCUCUCGGACUAUUUUUCUUCCUUGAUGACCUUACGGGUUUUGAAAUCACGUACCUGCUUGAGCUUCCGGAACCAUUCAGUUUCAUUUUCACGUGGUUCGCUGCGGUGCCUGCAAUUGUAUAUCUGGCUCUCUCACUCACCAAGCUAAUCAUCAAGGACUUCUUGAUCUUGAAGGGCCCUUGUCCAAACUGUGGAACAGAGAAUACAUCCUUCUUUGGAACAAUACUAUCCAUCUCCAAUGAUGGUACCACCAACAAUGUCAAAUGCUCCGGAUGUGGAACGGAGAUGGUCUAUGACUCGAGUUCUCGUUUGAUCACAUUACCAGAAGGAAGCAAAGCUUAAACAUAUGAGCCAACAAGGGGGAUGUAUGUAAAAUUGAUACUAACAGAUGAAGAAGGUGGAGAAAUUAAAAAAAAAGUAGCAAAAGAGUGAGUUUGUGUGCUGUUUUGUAUAAUCUCAAAUCUUUUAUGGAGUUCUCGUUGACUUGUAUUGUGUUUGUAAGUAAAUGUGAGGCGCAAUCAAAGAAAAACAUCAUAUGAUUACUUCUUUGAGGAAUUUCGUUCUCAUUAGAAAAAUAUAAUAAAUCAGGAAAAAAAUUUAGCAUAACAUAUUACACACACUUGGAUUUUUGUUAUAAUUUUUUGUAUGUGUGUUUCAUAAUUUGCCUAGAAUAUAUAUGCUUAUUAAUCCAU